CGACUUUUUUCUCGGUCUCGGCGUCCAUCUGGUGCUGACAUCUCGUUCCUACUCUUUUUCUAGGACCCCCACAUUCAUUUCCUGCAUUUAUCCCAUAGACCACAUCCUAAAAUGCCCAUCGAAGUAUCUGAAGACGGCGUUGCGACUCCGGUCUCCGCCAAGGUGAGCAACCUCACGUUGACUGAGGCCUCCGCGCUCGCAACUCCUACCUCUGAACGCGCGGAGGACCAGGCUGCCUACAAUUGGGGCAUCCCCGACGACUACCUUCUCCCGAACGGUUUCCCAGAUUACCUCCGCUUGAUCUUAACCUCCCGUGUCUACGACAUUAUCGACGAAACCCCUCUGCACCAUGCCGUUAACCUGAGCAAUCGCCUCGAAUGCCGUGUGCUUCUCAAGCGGGAGGACUUGCUUCCUGUCUUCAGUUUCAAGCUUCGUGGAGCCUACAACAAGAUGGCUCACCUGACUCACGAGCAACGGUGGAAGGGUGUCAUUGCAUGCUCUGCCGGAAAUCAUGCGCAGGGCGUCGCCUACUCUGCCCGCCACCUCAAGAUUCCCGCCACUAUUGUCAUGCCCUCGGGGACACCCGCCAUCAAACACUUGAAUGUCGCUCGUCUGGGCGGAAGCGUCGUCCUCCACGGCAAUGAUUUCGAUGCGGCCAAGGACGAAGCCUACCGCCUUCAGCAACAACACGGCUUGACUAACAUUCCUCCCUUCGAUGACCCUUACGUGAUUGCUGGCCAAGGAACCAUUGGCAUGGAACUCCUGCGCCAGGCCAACCUGCAGAAACUGGAGGCUGUUUUCUGCGCCGUCGGUGGAGGAGGCCUGAUUGCUGGCAUUGGUGUCUACCUCAAGCGCAUUGCGCCUCACGUCAAGAUCAUCGGUGUCGAGGCUCAGGAUGCCAACGCUAUGGCCCAGUCGCUGGACUCUGGGUCGCGCGUCCUUCUCAAGGAGGUUGGCUUGUUCGCCGACGGCGCGGCAGUCAAGACCGUGGGAGAGGAAACUUACCGGCUGGCCCGUGAAGUUGUCGACGAGAUUAUUCAGGUCACCACUGACGAGACAUGCGCCGCCAUCAAGGAUGCAUUCGAGGAUACUCGCUCUAUCGUGGAACCGGCGGGUGCUCUGGCUUUGGCUGGUCUCAAGAAGUAUGUCGCCAUGUAUCCCAACCCUGACACCAACCGGGAACUUUGCGCCAUCACCUCUGGAGCCAACAUGGACUUCGACCGCUUGCGGUUUGUCGCGGAGCGUGCUGCUUUGGGUGAACGGAAGGAGGCCCUCCUGAGCGUCAACAUCCCCGAGACACCGGGCGCAUUCGCCAAGCUUGUCGAGGUCAUUCUCCCGCAUGCCGUGACUGCUUUCAGCUACCGAUAUGCGCACGAUGCAUCGGCCGACGUUCUGAUGGGUAUCUCCCUGUCUGCCCUGACCGGCCAGGACGACCUGGCCAAGAUAAUGACUCACCUCACCAAUGAGGGCAUGAGUGUCAAGGAUCUGAGUGAUGACGAACUUGUUAAGCGACACGUUCGUUUCCUGGUCGGUGGACGUAGCAACGUUCCAAACGAACGGCUGUUCAUGUUCGAGUUCCCCGAGCGCCCAGGUGCUCUGGCCAAGUUCCUGACUACCCUUCGCCCGAACCAGAACAUCUCCUUGUUCCACUACCGCAACUACGGUGGAGAUGUCGGGAAGGUUCUUGCUGGCAUCCAAUGCCCUGAGAAUGAAAAGGAGGAACUCGAGGCCUUCCUUAGAGACCUGGGUUACCCCUUCAGCGAGCACACCGACUCCCCUACCUACCAGACUUUCCUUCGUUCUUAAGAGAUUCGACACCGUCUUUGAUUCAUUUCUGUUGCAUUGGUAGGAAACUUGGAAACUUAAUGAGGGGCUGCUGAUUUUGUCUUUGUCGUUUCCUGUGGGCGUUUUUAUUGGGCAUAUCGUCGAUAGAGCUUGGGUUGUUUGUUGUAAGUAUAGGUAUGAUAGGCAUUAUUCCGUACAUAGAAAC